AUGGCUAAAGGUGACCCCAAGAAGCCAAAGGCCAAGAUGUCUGCUUAUUCCUUCUUUGUGCAGACAUGCAGAGAGGAACAUAAGAAGAAAAAUCCAGAGGUUCCUGACAAUUUUGUAGAAUUUUCCAAGAAGUACUCAGAGAGGUGGAAGACAAUGUUGGGGAAGGAGAAAUCUAAAUUUGAUGAGAUGGUAAAGGCAGAUAAAAUACUCUAUGAUCAGGAAAUGAAGGAUUAUAGACCAGCUAAGGGAGGCAAGAAGAAGAAGGACCCUAAUGCCCCCAAAAGGCCACCUUCCGGAUUCUUCUUUUUCUGUUCAGAAUUCUGCCCCAAGAUCAAAUCCACAAACCCUGGCAUCUCUACUGGAGAUGUGGCAAAGAAGCUGGGCGAGAUGUGGAAUAACUUAAGUGACAGUGAAAAGCAGCCUUACAACAAUAAGGCUGCCAAGCUGAAGGAGAAGUAUGAGAAGGAUGUUGCUGACUAUAAAUCUAAAGGACAAUUUGAUGGCGCAAAGGGUCCUGCUAAAGUUGCCCCGACAAAGGUGGAAGAGGAAGAUGAAGAAGAUGAAAAGGAGGAGGAGGAGGAAGAGGAGGAAGAGGGGGAGGGGGAGGGGGAAGAAUAA